AUGGGUAAAGAGCAGGACAGCGUACCAUCUAAGAGGGACAAUGAAUCCCCAGAAGCCCAUCAAUACCAAGCUGGUUCCACCACAGACCGCCCGGAGGAUGAGUGGAAACACCGCGAGCCAUACCGUCUCCACAGCAAAGAUGAGGACUUCCCAGUUAAAUGGGAGGGUCAGUGCCAUUGUGGCAAAGUCACGUAUCAGUUGAGUCGAGACAAGCCGUUGGCGGCCAAGAUACUCUCUGAUGGUCCAUUUAUUUUCAAGGCACCCUUUCAAUGGGCUGCCAUCUUUCACAAGUCGGAUAUCAACUUCACAAAUGGCCACCACGACCUCGGCUGGUACGACCCAACUGCAAAAUCCACCACGCAUCACCUUCCUUGUAAGGUCUCUUGUGCCUAUUGUCGUGCUCCUAUAAUGGACGAAGGGCGAAACAUGAUUCUCUUAUUUCCCCCACUUAUCAAGGACAUCAACACCCCGGCUGGCCGAGAGGCUUUCAGACCAACCUGCCACAUGUUCUACCCGCAGCGAGUGGCCAGCUUCAAGGGCGAUGGAAUUGUGAAGUGGAAGGGACUGGACAACACGAGUGAUCUGCUGGAUGAUGACGAGAAUGUUCUGGUGAAAUGGGAGGAAAACAUGGACGACAAAAAGAUGGAGCAGAAAAAGAGGGAGUUCCUGGAGUUUACGCAUCGUGAGGAGGUCAAGAGAGUGAAAAAGUCAGAUGGGUAA